CUUCAGGUGGCGCUUUAUUAACUGAGAACGAAGGGAGUUGUGUAUAAAUUGGCAAGUGGAAAAGUACGAAUUAACCUAAUCUUUGUUUUUAACUAAAUUGUCAUCAUUUCUGAUGAAGUUAAACAGGCAGUGCAUAAAUGGUUCCACAACAAGAUCUUUUCUUCUGUGGAAUCGAGAAGUUAAUGACUCAUUGAAGAACCUGCUGAACGUCAGGAAGUUCCAUUGAAGAAUGAUGAUAGUGGUUUUUGGCUAUUUUCAUGGAUUGUAUAAAGAUAACAUUUGAGAAAUUGGAAGUUGAAACAAUUGUAAAUGAAGUUAUUUCUCCAACAUGUGGCGGGGUAUCUGUUUUCAUAGGAACAACAAGGGAUAAUGAAGAAGGUAAAAAAGUUUUGGAACUACAAUAUGAAGCAUAUGAUGCAAUGGCAUUAAAAGAAAUGAGAAAAAUAAGUAACGAAAUGAGGCAAAAAUGGCCAGUUAAAAAUAUUGCAAUCGUUCAUCGGAAGGGUACGGUACCAGUCGGUGAAGCCAGUGUUGUUGUUGCCGCAUGUUCUGAACACAGAAGGGAAGCACAAGAAGCAGUCAUGUGGUGCAUGGAUGCUUUGAAAGAAAAGGUACCAAUAUGGAAAAAGGAAAUAUAUGAAGAUGGUUGUACUUGGAAAGAAAAUAAAGAAUGCCCAUGGACUAAAUGAAUUAUUUACAUAUUUUUCUGUUUAUUGUUCUUCAAUCUUAUAAGUAAUUUGUUAUGGUAAGAUAUAUUUAGUGUUCAUGCAGAAUGUAAGUCAUUUUAAAUAGAUGUUAAACUGAUAUUUAAGUUUUCAAAAUGUGAGUCAUAUAAAAUACUACUAUUUUCAAACUAAUUAUUUAUAAAUUUUAAUAAUAAUUUAAAAUUGUAUCUCAGGUUACAUGUGUGUGCCAAUUAAAACAUAUAUAUUUUUUAUUUUUCAUAUUGCAUACUCAAUGCAAUAUAUGAAAGGUCAGCACAACAAGCAUUUUUGUAAUGCUGUAAUGGAGUCUUUCAAAUAUUUAAGAAAUAAUUUUGCAUUUAGUAAUAACAUUACCAAGUUUGAUUUGCACAAAAAUUAAUGUAAGGAAAGUUAUUGCAAUAUUUUAAAUGUUGUCUAAAUUUUCUUAUUUAUUAAAAUCGUUAUUAGUCUAACUAGAUUAUAAUUUGUUAUAAUUAAG